AUGUCCGAGCUUUUGGUGGCUCGCCAGGGCCCGCUUGCCCACGUGUGGCUCGCGUCCAACUACGACAAAAAGCUCUCCAAACAGCAGUUUUUGAACACAAACAUCGUCGCGUCGUCCUCGCUCAUUUCCGCGCGGCAGAUCCGGCCCGCGGCCGCCCAAGACCCGGCCCACGACACAAUCACUCUCCGGCUCUCGGGCCAGUUGCUCUUGGGCAUAGUGCGCAUCUACUCGCGCAAGACAAAGUACCUCUUGGACGACAUCAACGACACGCUCCACAAACUCAAGACCUCGUUUCAGUACGCCAGCGGCGCGUCGUUGGGCCCCGCCGCGGUCCUGGCGGCCGCCGUCAACCUCCCGCCGCAGCGCACCACGCUCUCCUCCUUCUCUCGCAUCACGCUCCAGGACCAGAUCAGCGGACACGAUCUCUUCUACCAGGACGACUUGGUCUUGGACGACGCCGCCGACCAAACCGCCGCCGCCUCGGCCCGCUUGCUGCAGGACUCCGUGGCCAGCCAGCUCCCGGACCCCGAUGCCCCCGACCGCUCCGUCGAAAUCGGCCGUGCCGGCACGGACCCGGACGACGCCGCAGACCUCGACUUGGACUUGGACUUAGAUUUCGACCUCGACGCGGACCGCUCCAUUGAGGUCGGUCGUGACGCGCAGGCCGCCUUGCCGGACGCGGACCAAUCGGUCUUGGACAUUGGCGGGAAGUCGCCGGUGCAGCGUGGCGGUUUGCCCGACGUCACCUUCGACUUGGACCUCCCUGGCGAUGCCCCCGACGCCGCACCCAGCACUGCCCCGGACGCGCCGCAACCACCCGCCCCAGCAGUCGCCGUGCGCACCGCCAAGAGGAGAUUGGUUGUGGACUCGCAGGAAGACGUGGAGCGCGGAAUCCCCAACGAGGUCUUGAGAAGCAUCCAGGCCUUGCAAGCCACGGGGAGGCUUCCUGAAGACUCGUUGACGCUCCGGCUCACGCCGGAGGAAAAACUCGAUCUCAUCCACGAGCUUGCGGCGCCCAUCCAGUCGAAGAAGAGAAAGAUCUGGAACCUCGACGAGCAGCUCCGCGAGCGGUGCUUGGAGUUGUCCGCCGAGGAGGACGCCCUCCGUGCGGACGGCCCUGCCGAUGAGUCCUUGGACUUGGACAUGGAUAUGGACACCAACAUCGACUUCGACUUAUCCUUGCCCGGUCUAGACUCAGACCAUGCGCCCGAGUCGCCCCAGAAGCAACCCGACAACGGCGACGAACUGGUGGAGGACUCGGGCCCGGAAAACCUCCGCAGCACGUCCCAAGUGGCGGAGCACCUCAGACAGUUUUUUUUCGACAAGCCUGCCGUGACGCUUGACGAGUUGAUGGACAAGGAUACAGCGCCUGGCGUGCCCACUCCUCUUGGCACGACGCACAAAUCGGCCUCAGCAGUGAGGAUCAGCAACAGAAGGGAGGCCUCCAAGUGCUUCUUCGAGUUGUUGGUCUUGGCUACCCAAGACUGCGUGUCUUUGGAGCAGGAGACCCCGUCAGCCGGCACGCAAAUCCCCGACGAGCUCAGAGUCCGGCCCAGAGAUUUACUUGUGUCUAAGUUUCUUUGA